ACAUGUUUACUUAGGAGUAAACCCUCAUGAAAACUUCAAGGAAUGUUAGGAUGCAUGUUUACUUCGGAGUAAACCCCGACGAAUCGAUCACUUGAUUUCAAGGAAUGUUACGAUGCAUGUUUACUCGAGAGUAAACCCUGAUGAAAAGAAAUACCUAUAAUGAAAUCAAGGCGAAGAUUUACCAAAGGUAAACCUAAAAAUGAACUUUCCUUGAAGUACACUUCAUUCUCUCCCAGGAUAAGGGUAAACCUUGUUUUGGUAAACCAGUGUUCUUACAUUCUCUCCAAUUCGACUUCUCAGUUUUAGUUCAUGCUCGUAAUCAAUAAUUGAAAAAGUGAAAAAAAUAUGUAGUGUCGUAUCAAUUCAAAUCACGUUCUGCUUCAAUUGCACAAUAGGGUAAUGCCAAUCAUAAGUAUUUGGAAGAUAACAUCAAGUCCGGCUACUAGUUGCAUGCUUCUUCAAAUUUCUUCUUUUGAAGAUCAGAUUUUUACCUGUACAUACUUUCAUGGAGUUCUUGUUUCAGUGAUCGCUGCUGUCUGAGUUCGGUUUCAUUAUUUACAAUUUGGAAGAAUGGCUACUUUUUCCGAUGAGAUACAACUAGAUAUCCUCCAGAAUAGUGCUUUCGACACCAUGAACGAAUAUAGAAAAAAGAAUCUGUUUUGCGAUGUUUCUCUCGACACCAACGGUACUCUGUUUCCUUGUCAUCGUCUCAUCUUGACAGCUUCGUCUGCUUACUUUCAAGUAAUGUUCAAUGGAAAUUUCAAAGAAAGCAACUUGCAAGUCAUUCCCAUUCAGGGCAUCGAUGCCGAAGUAAUGGAAAUUUUGCUAUCUGCUAUUUAUACCACGCGAAUUCGCUUGCUUCCAAAAAACGUGUAUUUCAUAUUGAGAGCGAGUCAUUUACUCCAAAUUGAUAUGAUUUUCAACGCAUGUGUAGACUGUAUCAUGAAGAGGGUCGCUCGCAUUCAUUACUUACCUGAUACGUGUUCAUUUGCGAAAACUAUUGGAGCUGAAGAAUUAUAUGUUAAAUGUAUGACGAGGUUAGCAAUGGACGUGUUUCACUGGGAUAAAACUGACGCCUUUUUAGAUCUUUCCUACGAUGUAUUGAAAGAAAUAUUAUCAAAAGUGAUAUCCAUUAGUAGCAGUCGCGAUGAUGAUCUACUUGCUGUAGUCAUGAAAUGGUGUAAAUAUAAUCACACUAGUACGAAGGAUAUUAGGGUACUUCUGCGGACUUGUAAUUUUACCACAAAGCCCACAUCUGCAUUGGCUGAAUUGAUAUUUACUGCGAGAAGUGAAGAUAACAGUGAAAGUGCGCAAGAUGAAAAUCAAUCAAAUAAUCAUGAUUUGAACUUGAAUCUUUAUUUGGAUGCUUUUGACGUGAAAAGUGGAGCUAGAGGAUGGGGAUCACUGAAGAUGAAUGAGUAAUUUAGCAACUACACACUAUCAAACUUUCAACCCAUGGAUCUUUGGUACCCGAGAAUUUGUUCAAUGGGACUUAAGACGUACUAUUUCGCACGAAAUUUGUCAGCUGAAAGUAAAAGAUGUAUUUUUUCUUGUUUCGAAGACAGUAGCAGAAUAGAUUUGCGAGUGCCGAAAGAGUUUUCUACUUAUGAUAGUUACGAAAUGAUAGCCGUUGGAAAAGUGAUUUAUUUUUUCCAAGGCCAUUACAAUUCUAACAUUUGGGUUUACGAUUGUGAACUGGACACGUGGCAAGACAACAUUUUUCAAGUACCUUUAUCGUAUAAUUUAUCGAAAUCAGUUCUGUAUGACUAUUCGCAAUGGUCUGAUGUUACGUUUUUAGAUAAUGCUAUUUACGUUAUUGGAUGUAAAAAUCAUGACUCAGGGUCUGAUGAAAGAUAUAUUAUAUCAAUCGAUACUCGCACUCCUCAGACUAGAAAUUUAAUCGCCUUCCCAAGCUCUUUUCAAUGUGAAAAUUCGACCGUUUGUGCGUUCGAUGGGAAAAUAGCGAUUUCAGGCACCAGUCAAGAUAGUGCUUUGCUUAAUACCUUCAGUAUUUUUGAUGUGACUGCUAAAAAAUGGAGAAACGAUCUGAAGCCUAUGAAUGAAAGCGCAGCCAGGCAUAAAAUGAUUCAUCGUAAUGGGUUUAUCUACGCUGUGGACGAAAGACCAUUCAACAAAAAUGAGAAAUAUGAUGUGAAAUUGAAUACGUGGACCGAGAUCCCGAAGGUGCCGGAACGAGCUCAGUUCGUUAACGCUGAUGGCGUUAAUAUGACGAUAGGUUUUCAUGGUUUGAUUAAUGCUGAAUUCAUUUCGCUGUAGGCCGUAGAAUUAGUAUUUUAGAAUCUAGACUGAAAUAUAUUAUUAAUACUCAAUUAUUUGUUAUUCUGUGAUAGAGAUUUUAUUUCUUGGUACCGUCCUAAUGCAAACUCUAAACUUGUUUUGUGUUUCUGUUUGCAUACUUGUUUAGAUCAUGGUGAUAUACUUUCGUGUAAUUUUUACCUCCUUAAUUUAAUCGUAAUAUCAUCUGUUCUGUGAAUAAAAAUUAAAAAAUAAAA